AUGCAUGCUUUCUGUCGUCUGAAAGGCCCCGAAGAAGGCUCCCGCUGCAUUUCUUGGUCUCUGGGCACUUCCCCCGACUGCUGGACAUACCUUCACUUUGUCUUUUACUCCUUUGGCCACGACGACGACUCGGCGAGUCAAGGGGAUUCGGACUUAUGGACAGGUUCCGGCGUCAAGUGCGAGCGCCGUAGCAUCUCUCUGCCCAUCGGACGCAACGGGGAGACGGUGACAUUUGGCGAAGAUCGAACUUGGCUCGGCAUGAGAACUGGUACGUCGUACGGCAACUGGAUAGAGGCAAAGCACCCUGGGACUGUCGCAUUCUCCAUGUGCGACGAACGCCACUUCGUGCCCAGAGCAUCGCACAGCGAAUGGAACGAAUGUGGCCUGAAACAUCCUGACGGAGCGUCCGGUAUUGCCCUGUUUCAAAUGCUGCUCAUGAGCGGGACAGAUCUCUGGAGCUCGACUUGGCAGAAUUGCCUUGACUAUAUUGACAGUCUCUACGAAGUCACAAUUGGGGACCUAGUCAGCGGAGGCGAGAGACUUGAGACGCUUAUGGCCGAUCCCAGCGGUCAACUCGCAGAGCGGUACUUCAAGACGGCCAACCUCCUGAAGAUCUUCCAGAAGCAUGUUGACGCCAUUCCUCAUUCGCUGCGAGCCAUGGAGAAAACGUGGCGGCGAACGUACCCAGGCUUGCACGCAGAUCUCCUGACACGCUUCAGCGAGACAACGCAGGUGGAGCUACUCGACAACUGGCGCUUGGUCAUUGCACACGCCGAAAAUAAGCAUGGGCAGCUCUCCGCGAGGAUCGAGAAGAUGGUCGCAGAGUUGAUGCGGCUUCGGGAUAGCCUCUUUCUAUCGAGGUUGAGUAGGGACACGGGAUAA